CCACACAGCAGCUUGGACUUGCCUUGUUGCGUUGCUCAGUGAUACUGCUGACCUCAGUCCAGAAGCGAAAGCGAAAAUCCAUUAUGAAAUCUAGUUGCAUUAUAAAGAAGGAGGAGCCCGUCGUGUGCCUUUUUCUCUGGGAUCCAAGUGGCUUCUGCAUCUCCUGUGCAGGGCUCUGGAAGAGGAGCUGAAUGACUGGGAGUUGGAAAGAACUGCUCGGGCACUCGGAGAAGGGAAUGGAAGAGGCAGGAAAGCUUCCUCAGGCAAAGCAGCUUUUGAGGAAGAUGACUAAGGGAGGAGCCUGGUGAGCCUGACCUGGGACCACAGAGGAUCUCAGAGAGCAUCCAGCACCGCUGGAGCUGACACCCAGGGCAGCCAGAUGGACUCUCCCCACCUCACAGGGUUGUGUUUCCUGCUCCUGGCUGUUGCAGCUCCCUGUCCAAAUAUUGCCAUGCCCAGUGGUCAACCUGCUGAGACAACACAUGACCCUUCCUCUGGCAAAACAAAUGUGACAGUCUACUACUGUAAAGACUGUGAAAUCAACAUAUGUGAAUCAGGCACAUUUGAAAGAUUUGUAAAAAUUGCUGAAACAGAAAACAAGGGGAAAAUUGACUUGGUGACCAGGGAAACACACAUCCUUGUGUGCUUUCAGCAAGGAAAUUCUUAUUCUGAAGGAAUUUAUGGCAUCGUCUGGGGAAAAUCCGGGGGAUUUGGACACUCGUGUGCCAUCCUGAAUUCUACAGCUUUCUCAGCAAAUGGGAGAGGUAGCAUCAGUCCUGAGGAGAAUAAACUUUGCUGUGAAGCAGAAACAAAUAUCUGGGAGUCCAAUCUUACACUGAAGUGCCACACUGAAAUGUCAGGUGCAGAAACUAGAAAAGCACCAGCUGGUAUCCUUGGUGAGGAAAUUCCAGGUAGAAGGAGCAACAUCGUCAUCUCCCUCACAUUCCUGCUGUUCCUUGUGCUUUGUGCAGGAAUGGUCAGCAUGUAUUGCUAUCGGCAGCAUCGGAAUACUCAAGCUCUGCAGCUCUUAAUAACACAGAGAGGCUUCAGAUGAAGAAAGCCUCACAUCUUUGAAAAGGAUCUACAGAUGAGAAGACCUCUGUGCCAGCAGCAACUUUCUCUGUCCUGAUGCACACAACCAGCUGAAGCAACAGAGGCUGAUGUUCCAUGAGACCUCCUGGUCCCAUAUUCACAAAUGGUCUGGUUUUCACAAAUGCACCUUCACCACAUUCAUAUGUUCACCAAGGACUGUAAUUUCCACAAUUGUCCAGCUCCAGGCCUUCAUGAGCAGCACAAGCAGCACCCUGGAUCUCCCAUCCUCUGCUGGUGCUUGGCUGAGGACAGCAGCCAUCACAAGGUGUGUGGCUGACUCAGCAGCACAGCCUUAAACCAGCUGAAUUAUCUCCAGCUGUGUGCUCUGCUUUCUGGAGAUGUCUACUGGGUUUGUCCUCAGCAAGUGCUUUGUGUUUUGCAAUAUGCAUAGAUAGGCAAAUAUUUUUAUUCACAGAAUUAUGGAAUGGUUUGGGUUGGAAGAUCAUCUGAUGAAAUAAAAAAAGGACUAACAAUACUAAGAUGCCUGACUCACCAAAUGCCAUAAAGAUCAUAAUAUGGAAUAAAAAAAGGACUAACAAUACUAAGAUGCCUGACUCACCAAAUGCCAUAAUUUUGUAGCUGCAACUUCUUUUGACUGAUUUUAAUCUUCAAUUUGUGAUACUAUACUAGUGACAAUAAAACAACUCCUUAAGAUCUGGCUA